AACCUUAAAAUAUAUAUCGUUUCUUUAUAAAUAAGAAAUUACUUCUAUUGUCGUUUGAUGCCGUUAUUAUUCGAAUUAAAUAGAAUAAAUAGUAGAGUAAAUAAAACAAUAAAAAUAAUAGUGUUAUAAUGAAAACACAAUGGGAACAACUAGAUACGCGAUUAAGCGAUCCAGUAUUAAAAACACUCAAGGAACUAAAAUUUUUCAAUAUGACACCGGUUCAGGCAGCCUGUAUACCAUUAUUGUUGAAUGGUAAAGAUAUAGCAGCAGAAGCAGUUACAGGCAGUGGAAAAACACUUGCUUUUCUUGUUCCUUUAUUGGAGAUAUUACAGAAAAGGCAAGAGAAAUGGAAGAUAAUGGAGAUAGGUGCGAUAAUAAUCAGCCCAACACGAGAGCUAGCUACACAGAUUAGUGAAAUUUUAGAAAAGUUUUUGAAAAGAAUCCCAUUACUAAAGCAAGUACUAUUGGUUGGAGGUGUAACACUUCAGGAAGAUGCAGAAAAGUUGAAGAAAGGAGUGAAUAUCAUUGUUGCUACACCUGGUAGAUUGGAAGAUAUCCUGUCCAAUUGUACAUCUAUACGUUUGAGCUCAUGUGUGAAAUCCUUGGAGCUUCUUAUAUUAGAUGAGGCAGAUAGGUUGUUGGAUUUGGGUUUUUCUACAAGUUUAGAUAGCAUAUUAAGUUAUUUACCACGUCUCAGAAGAACAGGACUAUUUUCAGCAACACAGACAAAAGAGUUGCAACAAUUAAUCAGAGCAGGAUUAAGAAAUCCAGCACUAAUUGUCGUAAAAGAAAAAUCUAAUAUUUCAACACCUGUAAACUUGAGCAAUAAUUAUAUUAUUGUCCAACCUGAACACAAGUUAUCAGUAAUGAUAGACUUUAUACACUCAAAGGGAUUUGAUAUGAAGUAUAUGAUAUUCUUAUCCACUUGUGCAUGUGUGGAUUACUUUAGCCAAAUCAUACGAACAUUAUUACCAUCAAUAAAUGUAUCAGCUCUACAUGGCAAAAUGAAGAGCAAGAGGUACAAAAUAUUUGAUCAAUUUCGUAAUGCCCAAAGCGGUAUUUUAAUAUGUACAGAUGUAAUGGCUCGUGGGAUUGACAUAUCCGAAGUAAAUUGGGUAUUGCAAUAUGAUCCUCCAUCCACAGCUAGCAGUUUCGUACAUAGAUGCGGUAGGACAGCUAGAAUCGGCAAUGAGGGGAAUGCGUUGCUAUUUCUCUUGGAAACCGAGGAUGCAUACGUGGAUUUUAUCAAAAGAAAUCAAAAGGUGGAAUUGCAUAAAAUAGAAAGAGAAACGUCUGAGGAUACCGUGAAAGAAUGCCUGAAAUGUAUGAGGGAUUUGCAGCAGAAAGAUCGACUUAUAUUUGACAAAGCAAAUCGCGCAUUCGUUUCGUACGUGCAGGCGUACAGUAAACACGAAUGUAAUUUGAUUCUCCGAUUAAAGGAUAUCGACUUGGGAAAAUUGGCCAUGGGUUUUGGGUUGUUAAGAAUGCCAAGGAUGCCUGAGCUUAAAGGGAAGGAUGUGUCAUCCUUCGUUGGUCCUGAGAUCGACGUGAACACGAUAGCUUAUGCGAACAAACAACGUGAGUCUCAUAGGAUAGAAAAAUUGACGAAGUAUCAAAACACCGGCGUUUGGCCGAGUAAUCAUAAGCGUAAACAGAAACAAACAGAAUCUUGGUCGGAAACCAAGAAGAGAAAACUAGAAAAGCAAGAAAAACGAAGUAAACGGAAAGAGAAAAAGAAACUGAAGCAACAGCUAUCAACAGCUUCCGGUAAAAAGAGAAAAAAGCAAAUAAACGAAGAGGAUCUCGAAGAGCUGGCAAAAGAUAUAGCGUUAAUGAAAAAAUUUAAAAAGAGAAAGAUCACCAAAGAAGAAUUUGAUACCGCUUUUGGGAUCUGAGACUUGAGAUUUCAGUUGCGAAUAUUCAACACACGAGCCACGU